AAUAAAGAUUUUGUAAUUAUUAGACGGUAAAAUCAAUAUCUAUUAGUCAUUGUCAUAUCUGGCAAAAAUCUACAUUUCCAACAUGUCUGAAUAUAUUCUUGUCACCGGAGGAGCUGGUUAUAUUGGAAGUCACACUGUCGUUGAUUUGCUGGAAAAUGGAUUUUGUCCAGUUGUUGUGGAUAACUGUGUAAAUGCCAUAGUUGCCGAAGGCCAUAAGACUCCAGAAAGCAUUAGACGUAUAGAAACUAUAACGGGUGAAAAAGUGAUAUUUCAUAAUGUCGAUUUGUGUAACAAGAAAGAUUUGGAAAGUAUUUUUGAAAAAUAUAAAUUUUCUGCUAUCAUGCAUUUUGCUGGCUUGAAAUCUGUGAAUGAAUCCGUUUCAAAUCCAAUGAAUUAUUAUGAAGUUAAUUUAGGUGCUACAAUCAAUUUGAUUGAAUGCAUGAAAGCUUAUAAUGUAUUCAACAUCGUAUUCAGCAGUUCUGCCACUGUAUAUGGAAUUCCAGAGAGACUGCCAAUUGAUGAAUCACAUCCCGUAGGAAAUGGAAUUACCAAUCCUUACGGGAAAACCAAAUAUUUCAUUGAAGAAAUAUUCAGAGAUCUUGCUAAGGCUGAAUCACAGUGGAAAAUAAUACUUCUUCGAUAUUUUAACCCCGUCGGAUCUCACGUUUCGGGGUUAAUUGGUGAAGACCCACAAGGUCCUCCAAAUAACCUAAUGCCCUAUGUAGCCCAGGUUGCAAUUGGCAGAAGACCAAUUUUGAGUAUCUUUGGUAACGAUUAUGAUACUCCUGAUGGUACUGGUGUGAGAGAUUUCAUACAUGUUGUUGAUCUUGCUAAAGGUCAUAUAUCAGCACUCAAGCAUAUUAAUGAGGUUUGUGGAUGCAAAGCAUAUAAUCUUGGAACAGGAAAAGGAUAUUCAGUUCUUGAAGCUGUAGAGGCCUUCAAAGAAGCAUCAAAUAAAGAUAUUCCAUAUAAAUUUGCUCCACGCAGACCUGGUGAUUUAGGAGAUGUUCAUGCUGAUCCAACCCUGGCCAAGAAAGAACUCAACUGGACUGCCAAUUGGAGUCUUUCACGAAUGUGUGAAGAUUUAUGGAGAUGGCAAACUAUGAACCCAACUGGAUAUAAUCCCAAUGAGAAAAUUUGAUGAUCCGCGCAUUAUUUCUGCUUUAGUAUUAAUGACAUUUAUAUUAGUAUUUAGUAGUAACAAUUAGGAAUCAAAUUAUACUUAGAAAUAUUUAUUUUAAUUCGUAUUUUAUACCAGGGCUACUCAACUAUUUUUACCGAAGAUCCGCAUACAAAAUUUCCAAAUUAUUUGGGUCCGGUGUUUCCAGAAAUUAUGUUUCGGCAUCAUUAAGCACGCACUUCCUUGACCGGCUAUAGCAAAUCAACAUUGUUUAUUAUGGUGUUAUAGUUCUUUUCAUAUAUAUUCAAUACAAUAAUAAAAGUCAUUUUAUAAAAUGAAACUAUAAAAGUGGGGUUAAUGAUUUAAAAUAAAGAAUUAGGUGCGGUCCGAAUCAAACUCCAAAAGUCCGGAUUCGGACCGCGGUCUGCCAGUUGAGUAGCCCUGUUUUAUACUAUGCAUUAAUACUAGCUUAUUUCUCAUAUUGUUUCAUCACCAUACUAUUGAAAAUGUUUCAUGAUAAUGUCUCUUCAUGAAAAAGCUAAAUAUUUAGCAAUGUGUACAUGAGGCAUUUCUAGUGCAAAUGUGAAUAAAGUUUUGCUUUGAUGCUUUUUUUAAUUCAUUCGACAUAUAUGUGAUGUAACAUGUCAACAAUUCAAAUAGAAGGUAAAAUAAAAAAGCAAAAAUUAGAUUUAAAAUGCAGUCUUUUCUUUAUUUAUUAAUUUUUAAUAGAUAAUAUUAGGACAUGGAAUAAUACUCUACACCAGGGGUGUGCAACAUCUAUGUCGGUGGGCCACAUAGCCAACAAAUAUAACAUAUAAAUAACAAUGAGGAAUUAUUACGUCACAAUAUGUUGUAAACAAGCGUUGUGAAAUUCGGCACUAAUGAAAUACAUCACCGACAACCAGAGCACUGCGGGAAAGGCAAUCCGCUUAUCGCUUACCCUCACAGUAAUUAAGGUGCCGGACAGAAUGGCGAAAGAUUUAACUCAUCGACAAGAGUAAAAUAACAUUAUAAUAUAUUGUGAACGCCUUUUUAAACAUAAACUGACAGAUUAGGAUUUUAUGCCUGAUGGGGAAAAAUCUUAGUGUUGACAAGGACCACACUAAAUGGCUUGUUGCACACCCUGGCUCUAUCUACACUGUCAAUGAUUUUCUUUACCAGAUAAUCGACUGUAAACUUUCAUUCAAAAAUGUUUUAGAUCGAGGUAUUUUUUGUUAUUAAUGACCAUUGAUAAUAUACAAAAAUUAAAACCUCACUUCGCCUUUCCCUGGCAAUCUUUUAUUUGCCCAUUAUUUAAUCUGUACCUUUUAUUAUUGCCCAUGUCAUUAAAGAAAAUUGUGCUUUUAUUUAGA